UUCUGUUAUUCCAUCCUGUUAAUUAUGGCACAAGCUCAACAGUACUGCCUGAGGUGGAACAACCAUCGAUCAAAUUUGCUCACUGUCUUCGAUGAACUGCUUCAAAACGAGUCGUUCACCGAUGUGACGUUAGCUUGUGAUGGAGGCAGUCCUAUUAAAUGCCACAGGAUGGUCCUUGCUGCUUGUUCUCCAUAUUUUCAAAACCUGUUCAUAGAUUUGCCAUGUAAACAUCCUGUAGUAGUAUUGAAGGACGUAAAAUACAGUGAGAUCAAGGCCAUCUUAGAAUAUAUGUAUAGAGGAGAAGUAAACGUUGCUCAAGACCAACUGGCAGCGCUUUUAAAAGUUGCCGAAGCUCUAAAAGUUAAAGGCUUAGUAGAGGAAAACAGGUCAUGUAAGAAUCCGAAAGAUGAACCACCGACUGCAGUGAAUCAUUCACCAUCGAUUUCUACCUCAAAUAGCAUCAUACAAAAUCCCGUUCACAGUAGUAGUCAUAAUUCACCACCCCAUUCCACAAAUUCAAUGUACAGAAAUCCUUACAGCUCCUAUGACAGAAAACCACAAGAACACAAUCAUUCGAGAAUGAAUUUACCUAUAUGGGCUGUACCUGGUUUACCUCUACCACCUCAUACUGCAUCGGUUCCAAGCCAAACGCAUCCUCACGCAGCUGCAACCGCAGCAGCAGCAAUGCUGAACAGCGCCUAUGAAGCUGUUAGCUCGGAUAUGUCGCCGCUGAAAAGGAAGAAGCUGAGCAGUUUACUGAUGCAGAGAGAUACCCCGAUCUUGAGGACGGUACUUGGCCAAGGGCAGGCAGAUUCGUCACAACCUGUCAGUUUAGUUUGCCAUCCCGAUAGCGCCGAUCAGUCUUCAAACGACGAGAGAAUUAUUAAGCAUAUGAAAAAUGAACCAUCCGAAGAUGCACAGUCUCCUUACACAGAAUUCACUGAACGAAUCAACGACGAAGAAGAAAAAUCAAAACUAGCCAUUCCCUCUUCAUCACCUCAAUCGUUCAGUCACGACGGCAAAAGUACUAUCGGCUCAGGUAUAGCUACAUACGUACCGGUCCAAAGACCUGAAUAUAAAAGAUACAAACUAUAUACCAGAGACGAUAUCAUGUCGGCCAUCGAAGCAGUGAGAACGGGCAUGUCAGCUUUACAAGCAGCAAGGAAAUACAAGGUACCUUCCAGAACUCUUUACGACAAAGUGAAAAAGUUAGGUAUAACAACGAGCAGACCGUUUAAGAGAGGCACCAACGGGAGUUCAGCCUGUUUCCCAUAUUCUACCGGUUCUCCUUACGGAGGAUAUCUGUCGGAAAACGAUGAGAACAUCAACAAUAACUCCGCUCUCCUCGAAGCGAGUACCUUCCUUCAACAUGCCUUGGAUAGCCGAGGGGGAGAGGAACGAGAAGCUCUGGCCACGAUGGCCGCAGCUGCCGCAGCUCAUGCAGUGGCGUCGGGCCAUUCCACCAGUCCUAACAACUUCGGACAGGCCAGGAGUCCUAGUCCGAGUAUACUGAAGUAUAUGAGGCACAGUAGCCUGACUCCUUCACCUGCAGCACCUAGUGAACACCAGCACAGCGAUCAAACCAACGGCAGUUCGGAAAGAGACAGGGACGAGGAAGAGGACCAAGUGGAAGAUUUAUCUAUCCAUAGAAAACACGAGGCUAUGGAAUCGCGCGUGAUCAUGCCGCCGAUGAAUCAAAUGUCUGCCAUAAUUAAAAAGGAGGACCUUCUUGUCGACACGAUUAAGGAAGAGAUGCGACGAGAGAUGAGAGUUGAUAGUGAAGCAGAUUAGAGGUUACGUAGAAAGAUAUUCAACCGUGCAAUAUAAAAAAUCUGUGGUUGAUAACCCGUACUCACUUUUUAGUAGGUUUAGAUUAUAUAUACACAUGCAAAAGAAAUAGAUUUAAAAGUUAAACUAGCUUUAAGACAUCGAUGAUGUUCGUAUGCGACUGAGUGCCUGUUUCUUGUAGUACAUAAAAAUGUAAGAGUUUGCACAGUAUGGGGACCAAAAUUCACUGUUUUGCUACAAUAGUUCCUUCUAUGGGAAAACCGUAACUCAUAAGACUGAUAGAUUAUAUAUUUCCUUUUUAUGUUAUGAGACUGACACUAUAAGUAGGACAAAAAGCAAGGGGUAGGAAAAUGGGUCUGCAUACUUUGCCGAAUAGUUAGUUUUUAGUGUUUGACGCGAACCGGUGUUAAUUUGUUAUUAAUCUUCUAAAGAUGUAAAUAAUUUUUAUAUAUUAUAUGUACUUGGAAAAAGUAUAUAUAGUGCGCAAAGAGUUGUUUGAAAAUAGUUAUAAUUGGGGAGCUUUAAAAGUAUCUACAAUAUUUUGUUAAGCCUUUUUUUGUGUGAAAAUGUAUAAACUAUUAAUAUUGCUGAAAGGACUUUAGCCUAAUUUACGAUAUGAUACAACCGCGAUAAAGUUGUAUAUUAAAUAAAAACCUUCGACUAAAAAUUUUUAAAAUAAUUUUGUCGAUCAAUGUGAUUGAAAUUCAUGUUUGGAAGCUAAAGAUAGGGUUUUGGGUUUUAGUUGUAAUUUUAUAAGAAAUAAUUUCUAAAUGUUUUUUAGAAUACUUAUACAUUUUUUUAUUGAUCAAAAUUCAAAACUACGGCCUGAAUAUAAAAAUCGCAUACUUAGUAUGUAUUUGCUCAGAAGUGCUCAUUUUUCAAAAGUAAACUUACUAAUAGACGUAAUAAGUAUAUUAUGGUCUACAGUACGUCCCCGGAUUGUGUUUGCUAGAGGAGUUUUAGAGAAAAUUAAAAAAAAGCAUGAAAAUGUUCUAUGUCCUAAAAAUCACAACGCCUUUCUAUGUUAAUAUAAUUUCGUUUUC